CACCAAAAAACCAUAGUAGUAAAUGAAUCUUCUUCACCCUUUCCCACCUUCUAGAAAAAAUACAAUGGCCCUAGUUGGCAACAAUAAUCAAUAACAAAAGAAAAUUUGACCCAGAAAUUGUUGUUUUGCUUUUGUGCUAAGUUCCAACUUACUACUAAUUAUAUUGCCACUUUCUACUAAAAAGCCAAAACCGAAUCACGUUUCAUUUGCUCACAUAGUAAUAAUAUCUUCCCUCCAUAAUCUCUUCUUCUGCCCUUUUCACAAUUUCAGUCCCUCUUCUUCUCUCUCAAAAUCCAAAAAGAUGAAACAAUAAAGCACCUUCCAUGUGAGCCCUUUGAAAAUUGAAGCCCUUCUAAAUUAUCCCUCCCUCCCUCCAUUUAAAUCCCUAUCUCUGUCUCUCUCAUUGCCUCCUCCUACAACAUGUCACCAUCUUCCUCCAUGCACACACACAGUAACCCCCCAACUCUAAAACCCAAACCCAGCCGUUAUGCUUCAACCUAUAUACAUAUGCUUCCUUCUUCGCUGUCUCUGAUCAAACCUUAAUUUGGUUCUCAAUUUUUUUUGUUUCUUUUAACUAAAGAUGAAACAUUUACCUCUAAAAUAUCUUUUAGUGCUGUUUGCCGUACACCUAUGCGUAUCAUCGGUGAUGGCCUCUUUGGCCGGAGAUACCCAGACCUUGAUUCGGGUCAAGGCAAAACUUUCCGACCCCGACGGAAAACUCGACGAUUGGGUUCCCAACAGCGACCACAAUCCCUGCAAUUGGACUGGGAUUACGUGUGAACCAAACACCCACACUGUGCUUGCUGUGAACAUUUCCGGGCUGGGUAUUGCCGGCGGGUUUCCAUUCGGGUUUUGUCAUAUUCGGACCCUCCGAAACCUCUCUGUGUCUUUUAACUCCAUCAACGGCUCUCUCCAAACCCAGACCCUCUCCCUCUGCUCGCACCUUCAAGUUCUGGAACUGGAAUCUAACUACAUCGUCGGAGAGUUGCCGGAAUUCUCGCCGGACUUCACCGAUUUACAGGUCCUGAACCUCCAAAGCAACAACUUCUCCGGCGAUAUUCCUGCGAGUUUCGGCCGGCUUCCCUCGCUCAAGGUCCUACUCCUCUCCCAGAACUUGCUCAACGGUUCAAUUCCGAGUUUCUUGUGCAAUCUGGCCGAGUUGACUCGCUUGGCACUCGCUUACAAUCCCUUCAAGCACGCUGUGUUACCUUCAGAGAUCGGAAACUUAAGAAAGCUCGAGACCCUCUUCAUCCCCCAAUCCAACGUCAAGGGCCAAAUACCAGACUCGAUCGGGAACUUAGUCUCUCUCAAUAGCCUCGACCUGUCUCAAAAUUCUCUAACUGGCGUGUUGCCUGAGAGCAUUGGAAGGCUGAGAAGCGCGGUUGAGAUCGAGCUGUUUACAAAUCACCUGUUCGGCGAAUUGCCUGAGAGCAUCGCAAACUUGAGUUCUCUACGAUACUUGGAUUUGUCGCUGAACGCUUUCACUGGCAAAUUGUCUGAGAAAAUUGCAGGGAUGCGUUUAGUUUCUUUGAAUCUCAACGACAAUUUUCUCCAAGGCGAAGUUCCUCAAAUCUUAGGCUCCAACCCGAUACUUCGGCAGCUCAAGCUCUUCAACAACAGCUUUUCCGGUUCGCUACCGGAAAAUCUCGGCCGAUAUUCAGAUUUGGACGAUUUGGAUGUCUCCACUAAUAAAUUUACCGGCGAGUUGCCCAAGUACCUCUGCUACAAGAAAAAGCUCACGAGACUCGUCGCAUUCAGUAACCAGUUCUCUGGUAACUUGCCUGAUACAUUAAGCGAGUGCGAUUCUCUCGGCUACGUUCGAAUCGAACACAACGAAUUCAGCGGCGUCGUUUCUGACAGGUUUUGGGGUCUGCCUCUGCUUACUUUUCUUCAAAUCAACAACAACAGGUUCAACGGCACCUUUUCGCCUUCGAUUUCCGCUGCAAAUGGUCUCACGACGCUUCUAAUUUCCGGCAACCAGUUUUCCGGCAGUAUUCCGCAGGAGAUGUGCAAGCUUUCUGAUCUCGCGAAGCUCGACCUCAGUAAAAACCAGUUCUCCGGCGACUUGCCGCGUUGCAUAACGGAGUUGAAGAAGUUGCAGAAGCUGAAGAUGCAAGAAAACGUGUUCUCUGGACAGAUUCCGAGUCAAGUGAGUUCGUGGACCGAAUUGAUCGAGUUGAACCUAGCCAGUAACCGGCUCUCGGGUUGGAUCCCACCCGAGCUCGGGGACUUGCCGGUGCUGAAUUACUUGGAUCUCUCGGAAAAUUUUCUCACGGGCGAGAUUCCGGUGGAGUUAACUAAGCUCAAGCUCAACCAGUUCAACGUCUCAAACAACAAACUGUACGGAAAGAUUCCUUCCGGGUUCAAUUACGAACUCUAUGUCUCGGGUCUAAUGGGCAACCCGAAUCUAUGCAGUCCGGAUCUCAAGCCCAUGCCCACCUGCUCCAAACCCAAAUCCGCUGCCCCAUUUCUGAUAGUCAUUUUAUCCGUCUGCGUUUUAUUGCUAGUCGGGUCUCUCGCUUGGUAUUUGAAACUCAGAUCCAAAGCAUUUGGCGGUAAAACCAAGAGGCUUUACCGGGUCACCACAUUCCAGCGGGUCGGGUUUAACGAAGAGGAGGUGAUGUCGUCUUUAACGAAAGAGAAUCAAAUUGCGACGGGCGGAUCGGGUCAUGUUUAUAGGGUGAAGCUGAAAACGGGCCAAACUGUGGCGGUUAAGAAGCUGUGGGGCGGGUCAAGGGAACCCGAAACUGAGGGCGUUUUCCGAUCCGAAGUGGAGACGUUGGGUCGGAUUCGCCAUGGCAAUAUCGUAAAAUUGAUGUUUUGUUGUAGCGGUGAGGAUGGUAGAAUCUUGGGUUACGAGUACAUGGAGAAUGGGAGCUUGGGCGAUUGCCUGCACGGAGAGAAGGUCGGGGCGUUGGAGGAUUGGGCCAAGAGAUUCGAAAUUGCGGUCGGGUCGGCCCAUGGACUGGCAUAUCUGCACCACGAUUGUGUUCCUGCUAUCGUGCACCGGGAUGUGAAGAGCAACAACAUACUUCUGGAUGAGGACUGGACCCCACGGGUGGCGGAUUUUGGACUGGCCAAGACUUUGCACAAGGACGUGGCGGCUGGCUGUGGUGCCAUGUCAAGGAUUGCUGGGUCCUACGGCUACAUUGCUCCUGAGUACGCAUACACACUCAAGGUUACAGAGAAGAGUGAUGUGUACAGCUUUGGCGUGGUGCUGCUAGAACUGAUUACAGGCAAGAGGCCAAAUGACUUGUCCUUUGGUGAGAACCAGGACUUGGUGAAGUGGGUUAGCGAGGCCGCCGUAGGUUCUCCUGAACGAGGUGAAGAAAACCGAGGUGACGGCAAUGGUUGUUUCAACUCGGAUCUCAGCCAGAUUGUUGAUCCAAGGAUGGACCCGUCGACAUGCGAUUACGAUGAGAUUGAGAAGGUUUUGAUGGUGGCUCUUCUAUGUACCUCGGCUUUCCCAAUUAACAGGCCCUCCAUGCGAAAGGUGGUCGAAAUGUCAUGA